AUGUUUGUUUCUGAAUACAGAUUCACAACCAAGAUGAACCAUGGUAAAUCGAUUGAUGACAGGAAUCAAACGAGAGAGAAAACACACUCGUGUAGUGAAGGUGUUGUUGAAGUGAAUCUGGGGGAUCAGAGGUUGGUUUCGGAGCUAGAGAAGGAGAUUAAAAGAAAGAGUCUGACUGGGUCUCAACAUGAUCCGAUUCAAUGUAUUUCUUCUGAUUCUGAAAAUGAAGAGUUGCCAAGAAAUGAUGAUAAAAGAGUUAAAGGACAAGAUAGAAUGAAAGAGGUACCCGAGUUGAACAUUUUGUUGCCUUAUAAAAAGAGGAAAAAUCCUCCACAAGUGUUUGAAAGAAUGGUGGAUCGACUGCGCUCAUCCCAAACUACUAAGAAAAACUAUGAGCAUGGAACCAAUGAUGAACAAGAAAAUAGUGCUUCAUCGGAUCAUCAUGAUAAGGAGAAUGGUAUCGAUAAAAAUAAUCAUCAAGAAGAAAAUGAUCGAGAAGAUGAUGACCAAAAUGAUUCUUCUACAUAUGAAAAUCGAGAAGAAAAUUGGAAAGAAAUGCAGGACAUGCCAGUUGAGGCUAUUGAUAAAACAACGGUAGAUAAGAUUCAUGUUGAUUCUCUUUGGGACCAAAUGGAUCUUCUUUCUCCAUCUCCUUGCCAUGAACAAGUAGAACAAGAAAAUUCUGAAAUACCCACAAAUUUCAGUUUAGAGGAUUACGAUGCAAAACCACUAGAAGAAAAAUCAUAUUGGGACAUCGAAGGAGAUAAGUUAUUUGAGGAGAUGGAUUUUUCAAUUGCCGCGGAAGGAAUUAGAUCUACACACUCGAAUAAUAUUGUUAAUCAAACUCCAAUUGAGAAAGAGGUUGUUAUUGGUGGUACGCUACGAAAUUGCGGCCCUGACAAGCAUUUGCUUGUUCUCGACGAACAAAUUGGAAUCCGAUGUAAACGUUGCUCGUAUGUGGAGGUGGAGAUCAGAUACAUAUCGCCAACUUUUAAUACUAUACCUUGGAAAAAAACUAAAAGGAAAGAGUUUCGAGAAGACAGAAAUAACAUUGACAUACACCAACCAUUCCAAAUGAAUUUUGAGAAUGGUGGAUCUCAUCUCAACGAGGAUAUUAUUGAUACUACAGAGACGGUUUGGGGCUUAAUUCCGGGUAUGAGAAAAACCAUGUACUCUCAUCAAAGAAACGGAUUUGAGUUUAUAUGGAAUAAUAUAGAAGGAAGCAUAUUUCUAGAGGAUCUGAAGAAUGAGAGUUCAAAUGGUGGAAAUGGAUGCAUAAUCUCACAUGCACCAGGAACAGGUAAAACUCGACUCACCAUCAUGUUCAUAAAGUCUUAUUUGGAGUUAUAUCCGACUAGAAAAGUUUUCAUAAUUGCUCCUUCCAAUAUGCUCCUUACAUGGGAGGAAGAGUUUAGGAAAUGGAAAGUUAACAUUCCAUUCCAUAACAUGAAUGGGAAGGAUUUUUCGGGUCAAGAAGUUAAUACAGUUGUUAAUCUAGUAAACCAAUUCCGCGAUAAAGACAAACACUCAAACCGUUUGGUUAAGCUUUUUUCAUGGAAAAAAGACAAGAGUGUUCUCGGAAUGAGUUAUGGGUUAUUUGAAAAGUUAGAAGGGGGUAAUGGAAUCAAGAAGAGUUGUAAAAAUCAAAUCGAUAGUUUGCAAGUUACACAGAUGCUUCGAGAACUUCCUGACCUUUUGGUUCUUGACGAAGGUCACACCGCCAGAAAUGAGAACAGCCUAAUCUGGAAAGCGCUUUUAAGAAUCCAAACUAAAAAACGUAUAAUCCUAUCUGGAACCCCUUUUCAGAACAAUUUUCACGAGCUAUUCAAUACCCUUUGUAUGGUAAGACCUAAUUUUGUCGAUAAAUUCGUCGCUAAAAAAGCACACGGAAUAUCCAAAGAGCAUACACGAGACAAGAAAGAAAACAUAGCAUUAAACAGAUGGAUUUCAUUGACUAAUGGCGUCGCUGAAAACGACGAUGAGAGGAUCAAAGAGUUAAAGGACAUAAUUUUCGGAAUGACACAUGUCUACAAAGGUGGAAUACUUAAGGAAAGUCUUCCUGGUUUAAGAGAUUCAUUGGUUGUUUUAAAGCCAAUGGACUUACAAAACACAAUUCUUAACGAUAUCUUGAAGAUGAAGAAUGGGCUUGAACGCGAACAUUGCAUUUCUUUAACGUCGGUUCACCCUUCAUUGUUGAUUCACUCUCAACUAUCGAAAAAAGAAGAGUUUUUAGUUUACAUGUCUCGAUUAGACGCUCUUAAAAAAAAUCCAGAAGGUGGGGUGAAGACAAAAUUCUUAGUUGAACUAAUCCGGCUUAGUGAGGCCCUGGAUGAGAAAGUCCUCAUCUUUAGUCAAUACAUCCCUCCUUUGACACUUAUUAUGGAUCAACUCAAAUCCUACUUUGGUUGGUCUGAAGGUAAGGAAAUGUUGUAUAUGGAUGGAGCAAAAAACACAAAGCUUCGUCAAAAAUCGAUACGUUCAUUCAACAAUUCAGAUAGUGCGGUUAAAGUGAUGUUAGCCUCAACCAAGGCUUGUUCGGAGGGUAUAAGUUUGGUCGGGGCUUCGAGAGUUGUACUGUUGGACGUGGUUUGGAAUCCUUCUGUUGAAAAACAGGCCAUUAGUCGGGCAUAUAGAAUUGGGCAGAAAAAAAUUGUCUACACUUAUCAUCUUGUUGCUUGUGAAGCUGAAAACACUAAGUAUGAUUGUCAAACUCAUAAGGACCAUUUAUCCAAAAUAGUGUUUUCUUCUACCGACGAUACUAGUAAUGCUGAUAUUAGCGAGAGAUCUUUGAUGGGUACUAUUAAGGAAGAUAAGAUCUUGGAGGAGUUGGUUCAGAAUGAAAAAACAUGUCAUAUGUUUGAGAGAAUCAUUCACCAAGAUAAGGAAGGAGCUUGCUAG